GAACAAGGGCAUGUAUAAUGAAACUAAGGAAAAAUUCCCUGGACCAUUCACAGACUAUGAAACACAUGUGGCUGGACGGACACCUUUCUCCUACUUCCUGGAACUGGUCUGGAGAGUCUACGGCAGAGACAAUGACAGCGAUGUAAGAAAACAACUGUCAGAGACACGUAGUGAUUGUAGAAAUUCUAAUGGCAGAUAUGCAUUGAUACCUGCAGUCAUUGUAGUCAUACAUGUCAGUGACAAACGUAACAAAAGAAAAUACUAUGGUGCAUCUGUGAGCUGCAUAGAUAGAUGCAAAGAGCUCCUGACGCUUCUGUCCUGUAGGCAUGACUGGCAUCCUGAUGUUCAAUCUGCUGUAAUGUCUGUGUUUCCUGACAGAGAAGAUAAUGCAAGGCAGAUACAACUAAGACCAGAUGAAGUAAGUUGUAAGGCUUAUGACAUGCAAAAUAUCAGGGUGGAGAUACCACCUUGUAAACGCUGCAAUCAGCUUUACUGUCUGCCUAAUCACACAUACCAUCUAAAUCCUCCUGGUAACUGUGCUGAGACAGAAGCAAUAAGCAACCUCCUCAAAUCAGAAGUGAAUGUGGUGCUUGAAAAGACCACCAUUCCAGAACAUCAGGAUGCAAUUAAGGAAGAAAUGAGGAGUUACUUUAAAACAAACAUUAAACCAAAACUGAAAGAAGCAAAUAAAUACAACAUUGAUCAUGUUUAUAUUCCGGAAAACUAAAUUGAAAUUUAAGAGUUAAAAUGACUAAAUAUCUCAAUAAAGAAAGUUUUGUGAUUAUCUCACUGUUUGGCUGAUUAACUCACUUUAACUGUAACUUAUUUUUUGAUCGGCAUUUGCAUUGUGCUUCCGGUAUGUACAAGGGAUCUUCAAAAAGUCUCCUCACUUUUAUAUUUAGGUUAUAAGCGGUAAGGAUGGGAGGAGUCAUAAUCGGUCGUGUCUGAGAGACUGAUAGACGCUUAUUAGCUCCAUGAAGAAGAUUUUCAUGUGAUGAUGUGAAAGCAGCAGCGCAUCAGUGGCUAUGAGCUCAACUAAAAACAUUUUUUGCUGGCAGCAUUAAAAUGAUACGAUGUUGGAAGAGUGCAUCACAAAGGAAGGUGACUGUAGAAAAGUGAAUUUAAAAAGUGUGGAAACCUUUUGAAGAUCCCUCGUAUUAGUUCAAGGCCAGCUAACAACAUUUAAAAAUACAUCAUAUUUCAGAAUUGUGCAGUAAUUCUAAUAUGUAAAUACUUUGUACUUUAUUUUGUAGAUAUUUGUAAAUAAAGUCAUUUUAUUUUAGAAUCAGAAUGUAGCAAUAAGUAACCAUUGUA